UUGUACUAGCGCUCGUGCAUCGCGGGCCGCGGACAGUUUGCGUGACUUCAUACGUAACUUACGUUAAUUAUUUUGGUAGCACGAAGAACGUUUCCUGUUUAUGAGCAGUUUCCACCGUCGUAAUGUAUUAAGCUUAACAUAAUUAUUUCUGUCAGAUAGAUCACAUAAUAAUAACUUUAUAUCGUAAGCGUUUGUAAUCUAUGUCCUGUUCCUGUUUGACGUCAGCAUCCAUAUCUCAACUCAGUGUUUAGUCUGCGUGUUCUCUGUUCGGUCUCACACAACCUCUGCUGUCCCAAAGAGCCCUGAUUCUGAUGACUCCAAGGAUACCUGUUGUUAAGAGUGGGACAGCAUGGAAUGGGGUCAAAGGGCAAGGGUUAUUGGGGUGAAAGUUGAAAGGUGAAGAGAAGCGAGUAAUAUGAGAUGAGGCUGUACCUCUGAUCAUCAGCAGAGACACUUUCUCUCCCCCUGUGACCCCGCCGCUGAGUCCAGAAGCUGUACCCGGGAGCUGAUGAUUGAGCGGUAUUAGAGAGCGAGGGAUAAGGUGACCACUUAAACGCGGUUGUGUGUGUCUCCUUCUCUGUUGGUAGGAAUCUGUGUGCACGAUUCCAAAGAAACACUAUUGGGUUCCUCCAGUAUUUAACAUUACUAGAAUAUAAAAUGAUGUGUGUUUUAUAAAUGCAAUAGGCACUCAAGCCUGUGCCAAACUGAAUAUAGUCACACUUUCGUGCCUAAAACACUAAAAGUCACAAUUUUACAGCCUCUCGUACCUUCUUGCUUAAAAAGAUUUCAUGGGUGUAUAACCCAAGUUAUAUUUGUCAUGAAAAGCAAGCCUGAACAGAGAAAAGGGACGUUUAGUGUAUUAGCACGUCAGUAACCAAAGUAAAAUAAUCCUCCAACUGUGUUUAAUUACACAAAGUUGAUCAAAGUCUGUUUUGAUAUCAAAGAUCAACAUUGUCAGAGUCGCCUAUGAAACACUUUUUAUAUUUUUGUUAUAGCUACGGGAAAAUCAACAAGAAGAUAUAAUUGCUUUAGUCAGCAUCAACAGUUUCAUGUUUCAUGUUAAUAAUGAUAAAUUUCACACAGACCUACUGUAAAAUUCCAUUCUAAUUUAUCUGCUUUUGUCAUGUGGUUUUGGUGACUGUAUGAGAUCAUCCUUUUAGAUCUAAUGGGUGAUGGGUAAGUGCCAUAGAAAAUUUACGGAAACUUUAAUGAAAAACAAAAAAAAUGAAUAUAUAUGAAUAAAAACAAACAAUUGUGGUAAAUACACAAGUAGCAACAUAAUGAAAAUACUAUGAAGUUAACAUGCUAUAACCAUACUGUAAUUUUGUAUGUUUCUAAAACUUAUCCGUACAAAUAGAAAUAGAUUUUCGAAAAAUAAUACUAAAGGAGCAAUAAACUAACAAUAAAGGAGUAAAAUCUGGCUGCUUAAAUCUUCUAAGCACUAAUGAAUUACUUUUAUGAUUUAUACGUGUUUUAUGAUAGAGUGUUUAAUGUGUACAUUAGUUCUGAUGUGAGAGGAGACCUGGCCAUGAGUGUCUUAACUAUGUGACAAGCCCCUGCACGUCUUUAACCUGACUUUGAGCUUUAGUUGGUAUUCUGAGUCUCAGUUGUUAAAAUUAAUAACGGGACUUGCUCCAGCACCCCAGACAGGGAAUGUCUCCUACUUCUCUAUCUCUGCUGCCCAUUCUCACUGUGACCCUAAAAGUCAAACUUUUCAGCUUACACAUUAAAAAUCAUUUAUAGAUGUAGAAAAGAGCAACAGAGAUCUGACCUGAACUAACCAUCUUUUGGUCUGUAUCAUUCAUUGGACAGGUUAAAACCCUUCUAAAGGCAGCUUUGGACAGAACCGCAAUUUUAUGGCAUAAUUGUGACCAUAAAGAAAAUAGAUGAAGAUCAUGAUAUUACUAAUUCAAAAACUGGUGGUUUUCUUCCCAUAAUCAUAUUUAAUGUUUCACUUUUGGCAAAAUGGCACAUUUGUGUCGUUGGCUUUUUAAUUUAUUGAAUAGAAAAUCAUUUUAAGGACCAGCAGGAUACAAGCUGGGGGGAAUUUUGCUAUUUGGCUAAAAUAAGCUUUGGCGUCAGUUAAAAAAUAAUUUUAGUUUUUCUAGUGAGAGAUGCAAAAACAUGAAAAUGAAAAUUAGGUUUGGCUUUAAAUAUAAUUUUUUUGUCAACAUUUAUUUGUCGACUAUUUAAAAUAAUUUAUUAUUUUAGCAUUGAAAAGGAGAACCGGGUGAAUUUGUAAAAAUGUAGUUUUCGAAUUGUGGAAACAUCCCAUGUUAAAGGAUAUUUAACACUAGGCUAUCUGUGCUAUUCGUUAAAUCGUUAUAUUAAUUUACUAUAAUUUUCAGUUUUACCAGAUUUCCCGGUUAAAAAAAAUAAAACGAGUUAUGCUACCUGUUUCCUAUGAGUUCGCACAAUUUUAAUCAAACGAUGUUUUAAUUACAAGUGGAUUAAAUUGAAUCUCAAUAAGGAAACAGGUAACCAAUCAGUAAAACCCCCCAAGACUCUCUCUCUCUAUCUAUCUAUCUAUCUCUCUCUCUCUCUGGACGCUUUAAGAACCUUCCCCAUCCCCUGUGAUCAAUGCACGACCUCUACGAACUAUCACAAAAAAACUCUUCAUACGUCACUGAAGGUGGUUCAUAAUAUGUGCCAAUACCUAUAAAGCCCGAGCGAGAGAGAUGCAGUGAAGACACACAACACAACCCAGAGAGACAGACUCUGGAAGUUUCAAGAGCUCACUGCAUAUCAUCGGUAUGGUUUUACACUUGUGCUGAGAUAUCCAAGGAGCGCGUAAAGGGUCCCUUUACAGUAUUGCGCAACUUUUGGAGGCGCUCUAUCAAGAAACCAUCACGGAAAAAAACAAGAACGUGGAUUUCCCCCUUCGGUUUGGCAUUGAUCUACGUUAAAGAUGUUCGGGCACGAUUUUUGCCUUGUGUCUACUGUGCUGACGGCUCUGGGUGCCGUCCUACCCACGUUGCUGUUGCUGGUGUUGUCGCGGCUGCUGUGGGAGUUCAGGUGGAGCAUCACUCGGGAUCGGGCAUGCAAACUUCCACUGCCGCAGGGCUCCAUGGGAUGGCCGCUGGUCGGAGAAUCUUUCCAUUGGCUUUUCCAGGGGUCCAGUUUUCAUAUCUCCAGACGUGAGAAACAUGGAAAUGUCUUUAAAACUCAUCUUUUGGGAAAACCUGUUAUCCGGGUGACCGGGUCAGAAAACAUCCGUAAGAUUCUGUUGGGUGAGCACACGCUCGUGUGCACGCAGUGGCCUCAGAGCACGCGCAUCAUCCUCGGGCCACACACUCUGGUAAACUCGGUUGGAGACCUACACAAAAGAAAACGAAAAAUCCUUGCAAAAGUGUUUAGCCGCGGAGCGCUUGAGACAUAUCUGACGCGGGUUCAAGAUGUUGUCAAGUCUGAAAUUGCUAAGUGGUGCGCUGAAAACGACUCUGUGGAUGUUUAUGCUGCUUCCAAGUUGCUCACUUUUCGCAUCGCAGUGCGCGUCCUGCUCGGCCUGCGCCUGGAUGAGCAGCGCAUUCUCUCUCUCUCGAAAACCUUCGAACAACUCAUGAACAACCUCUUCUCUCUGCCUAUUGACAACCCCGUUAGCGGCCUGCGCAAGGGAAUCAGGGCCCGUGAGAUCCUGCAUUCUGCUAUGGAGAAGAUCAUAGAGGAGAAACUGCAAAAGCAGCAAGCCAGCGAAUACUGCGAUGCUUUCGACUAUAUCCUAAGUAGUGCAAGAGAGGACGACUACGAUUUCACAAUGCAAGAACUAAAGGAAACAGCGGUGGAGUUAAUCUUCGCUGCGCAAUCCACCACAGCCAGCGCAUCAACAUCCCUCAUCCUGCAGCUGUUGCGCCAUCCUGAAGUGAGCGAGCGCGCCAGAGCCGAGCUGGAGAGCGAGGGCUUGGUCGGCGAAUCCCACAGCCACUGCCGCUCUCGUUGCCAUGGGAAUGCCAGCAAUGAGGAAAGCGAUGCUGCUGAGAGGAAAUCUCCGAUUAAUAAAACAACGUGCUGUGAAACUGCCGAAAAGGAUGAGGGGCGUCGCUCUCGAAUUCAGGUCCCUUAUCUAAGUUUGGAGAAACUGAGUCAGCUUUCUUACCUGGACUGUGUGGUCAAAGAGGUCCUCCGGGUUCUUCCCCCGGUGUCUGGAGGAUACAGGAAGGUGCUCCAAACAUUUGAAUUGAAUGGUUAUCAGAUCCCGAAGGGGUGGAGCGUCAUGUACAGUAUCCGUGACACGCACGAGACAGCCAAGGCCUAUCAGAACCCGGAGCUGUUUGACCCGGAUCGCUUCGGCGCGGAUCGGGAUGAGAGCAAACACGAGCGUUUCAGUUACGUGCCUUUCGGGGGCGGUGUGAGGAGCUGCAUCGGGCGGGAACUCGCUUUGAUUGUGUUGAAAACUCUGGCAGUGGAAUUGCUCGCCACGGCGGAGUGGAGUCUGGCGACAAAAACGUAUCCAAGAAUGCAGACCGUGCCGGUCGUGCACCCCGUCAAUGGACUGCACGUGUAUUUUAACUACAGGAAUCACAGCGUCGAGAGAAAUAGGAGGGAAUCCACUCAUAUAUAAACAAAAUCUGUAAUUUGACUCUGUACUGUUUCAUGCUCUAUAAAGAAAAACACAUGCAAAUCCAAUAGAAUGGAGUGGAGUAAAAUGACGGACAUUGACAUAACAGUCAUUACACAACAGGCCCUAUUGGAAAUCAUGAUCCCCUGUCUUGGGGCAUUUGCCAUGUUUAGUGAAAUUCUGGAGAGGGGUGAAAAUGCAUGAAUGUUACUUUAGCCUUUUUGCAAAAUGUAUACAAACAUGAGCCAUGUUGAUGAUGGCAUCACAUCGUAUAGAUUUUGAUAGGAUCAUUUUUUAAAAUACAUUUUAUUCUGUUAUCACAGACUUAUGAUAUAUAAACCUGUUUUGUGAAAUGAAGUAGAAACAUAAAUAAGCUCUAUCUAUUUAUAAAUAUUGUUAUUAUUUUUUUCGCAUAAUAGCUACUAAAAAUGAAACAAAUAUGCCACUUUUCUUUAGUUUAUAUGCCAGUACUAUUGCAGUUGUAGUUUGAGCUAGCUCUACAUACUGUCUUUGGCUUUUGUACUCUAGUACUUACAGAGGUUACUGAUUUAAUAAAUAGGCUAAUAAUGGAUAGUUUGUGUUUAUGAUGAAUGUAAGCUGUGAAAAAUGACCCAUGCGCUGUGAAAUGGGGGAUCGGUUUAAAUACAGGGAAGGAGAAAACAAGCAGCACUUUUUCUCCAAAAUAGGAGCAUGUGUGUGUUCUUGUCUUGUCAAUACUUGUGUGUUAUUUGUAGUUUCUGUUCUCAUGGGAGUCUUGAGGAGUAGAUGCUAAGUAUUUGUGUUCAUUUAAAAUCUUAUACUAUAUCUAUUUUUAAACAUGCUUUUAUAGUUCUGUUAAUGUUUAAGAUAUCGGUUAAAUAAAGAUAUUUGAUGUGUUUAA